CCAAACAACAAACUACCAUACGGCCAAAUGUGAGAGCACGCGCGUCUCCAUCCUCGCGACUGGACUGUUCUUAAUGUUUUCUCAACUGCGGCUGCGCAGAUGUCGAUUGUGAAGUUUUUCUUUGGUAGUUUAGCUAAAGGCUAGCUAGUUGUCAAUGAGAAAAACCCAUGUGAAAAGAGAGAGGAGAUGGGCUCCGUGCGCUGGGCUUUCCGCUGCAAAUCCUGGACACCGAGCAGGUCUGACUGGCUGUUCGCUGCUCGCUGCGUCCAGCCGGAGGAGAAAGAGCGGAUCGGACAGUUCGUCUUCACCAAGGAUGCUAAAUCUGCGAUGGUGGGUCGCCUUCUGCUCCGGAGGUUCGUGUGUGAGAGGAUGGGAAUCCCCUGGACAGAGAUCCGGCUGGAGCGAUCCCCCCGGGGGAAACCGUACCUGGCCGACCCGCCGAAGAUCAGCCCACAUUGCGAUCGGUCCUGGAGUUUCAACAUCUCUCAUCAAGGGGAUUACGUGGUGCUGGCCGCAGACCGGGGCGUGCAGGUCGGAGUGGAUCUGAUGAAGGUUUCCAUGCCAGGUAGCAGCUCUGUGCCGGAGUUUUUCCGCAUCAUGACUCGUCAGUUUACGCCGCAUGAGUGGAGCGUCAUCCAGUCAGCCGGCUCUGAGCGAGAGCAGCUCGCCACCUUCCACCGCCACUGGACGCUGAAGGAGAGCUUCAUCAAGGCCAUCGGCACGGGUCUGGGCUUCAACCUGCAGAGGGUGGAGUUCCACCUGUCACCUGAGCCGCUGAGGCCGGGCUCGGUGCUGCGCCAGACCAAGAUGCUUCUGGACGAGGAGCCCGAGGAGGCCUGGAUUUUUGAAGAGAGCAUGCUGGAUGCUGACCAUCACGUUGCCAUAGCGAUGGGACCACCGGACGAAGCCCGCUCCGCAAGUUUGGCCUCCUGGCUUGCUCCUCCUCCUCCUCCUCCCAGCCCGUUCACGCUGCUGUCGUUCAGUGAACUCAUCGCCUCCGCCUCGCCGCUGACAGAAGAAGAUCCUGCCUACUGGGAGAGCUUUAGGAUGAAGGCUGAGGCUCCACAGAGGCGCAGAGAGGCUCAGGCAUCUGCAUAACGGCCUGUCUCCGGCUGACAACGCCUGCCACACACAGAUGUACACACACGCACAAACGGUGUCGUCUGGAGAAAAAAAGAGCAAACUUUGGCGUUUCUAAAGUUGAAACACAAACAGACUUUAAAACAAAACGUCAAUCGCAAGUGACGUAUUUAACAGACUAAUGCAGAAGAUCCGGUGAAGUUAUUUUCUAAUAAAAAACAGGAAAAACUAAAGUUUUAUUUAUAUUUAUUUUAUCUUACAGUACAAAGCUUUUAUUUAUUCCCAUUUCAUGACAUUACUUUUGCCGUCUCCUUCCCUCUUUUUCUGGUUGGCGAUGUUCCUCUCAGAGAUUUUUCAGGCUUGAAGAUGUCUGCGGCCGCGGGGAAUCGUUUCGGGCCAAUAAACAUUCAGGUGUCAGGUGCGCUGACGGCUUCCCAUUGAAAAGAUCUUUUUUGCUCUUUUGGGGUUUAUUUUCCACCCUCCCUUUGCCAGGGUCAUACUUCUGUUUGGCUUUCUGACUGUUUCAGUUUCUGCCUUUUUUUAAACAUGUAACAACACAGAUUUUGGUGAUAUAAACUCUGAAUGAUGUA